CCCAUCUUGCAACGUAAGUUCCACUAUGCAUACGACACGUUUACGCUUUUGCUACGAGUCUUGUUUUUUGUUACUCGAUGUUUGAUUUCCGGAAAACCACGUGAGUGCGCUAAAAGUCCUGAGGGGGCAGAGUCUUCCAUGUUUCCACGUGGCUUCAAUGCACCUAACUAAGGGUACUUUCGGUAUUACGAAAUAUUCAGACAGCUUUUUCUGACUGAUUUUCACACAUUUCUCUCUUUAGUUGUGUCUUCGUAUCAUCUUAUCUCUCUCUCUCUAUCUAAAUUCUCUCAGGCUCUUUUUUUUUUGGAUUUGUUUACUUUACAUAACUAAUAAGUGUUCGUUCGAGAUUUGUCGGAGAAAAUUUCGGUAAUAAUGUUGAAAUUUGUGGGAACUUUUUAAAUAAAAAGAGAGGUUGUAAACUUUUUUUUUUUGGACAUUUGAAGAAAUAGAAUCUUGAAAGAAAAAAAAAUUGAUAUGUGCUUUUUUUCCUUGGGAUUUGAGUUAUCAAGAAUCUGUUGAAUUUUCAUAAAAUACUUCCUUGUAAUUUUUCAUUAUGUCGGAAGCUGAGAAAAGGGAAGACGGGAAGAUCUACCGGAAUAUUCCCCGACCAAUCUCCAGAGAUCUGUUGCAGAGUUUCAUGUCCAAGAAAAACAAGAACAUGUCUGUUGAAGACGGAGAGGUAGAGAUUGAGCUAGAUUUAGGGCUUUCUCUCAACGGUAGGUUUGGGGUUGACCCACUAGCGAAGACCAGGCUGCUCACGCGUUCAUCUUCCAUUCCUGAUUUCGUGGUCAACGAUGGUAGAUCGGAGCUGCUGAGUAGGACUUGCUCGUUGCCUGUCGAGACGGAGGAGUGGAGGAAGAGGAAAGAGUUGCAGAGCUUGAGGAGGCUCGAGGCCAAGAGAAAGAGGUUUGAGAAGCAGAGAAACGUGAGAGUGCUUAGGGAGAAACAUAAAACUGGAGCUGGAGGUGGAGGAAGAGAAGAGAAGAUUGUUGAAGAAGGAUCGAUCGGAUCUUCUGGAAGUGGUUCCUCUGGUUUGUCCGAACUCGACAACACUCCUCCUCCUCCUCCUGUUCAUGCAACAACGAACAAGUCCGUAGAAACAAGCCCACCAAUUACUGCUCCGGCGGCCAGAAACAUCAUAGAAGACAUGCCAUGCGUGUCAACGACAGGAGAUGGACCGAACGGGAAAAAAAUCGAUGGGUUUCUGUAUCGGUACAGGAAAGGCCAGGAGGUGAGGAUCGUGUGCGUGUGCCAUGGAAGCUUCCUUUCGCCGGCAGAAUUCAUUAAGCAUGCCGGUGGCAGUGACGUGACGCAUCCCUUAAAGCACAUCGUUGUAAAUCCAUCUCCCUUCUUGUGACCAUUAUGGUCUAUUUGGGACAGUUUCUCUUUUACUAAUUUGUUGUAUCCAUUUGGAACAAUGUUACAAAUUGCCAUAUCUUGAGGUGUAUAAAACAAAAGUUUAUCGUA